GGGCCUCGCACCGGGCCUCGCACCGGGCCGGCGGCAGCGGCAGCGGCAGCAGCAGCGCCACAGCCGGUCCCGCGCGGGGCUGUGGGGCCGCUCCUCCCGCCGUCACCCGCGCCCCGGAAGGACACGCGGGCGCUGGGAAGAUGGCGGCAGCGGCGGGCGGCGCGGCCGCCCCGGUGUGCGUGCUGGUGCUUGGCAUGGCCGGCUCCGGGAAAACCACCCUGGUGCAGCGCCUGGCGGCCCAGCUGCACGCGCAGCGCUGCCCCCCGUACGUCAUCAACCUGGACCCCGCCGUGCGCGAGCUGCCGUUCCCCGCCAACAUCGAUAUCAGGGACACUGUGAAUUACAAAGAAGUCAUGAAACAGUACGGGCUGGGCCCCAACGGUGGGAUAGUGACCUCUCUCAAUCUCUUUGCCACACGAUUUGAUCAGGUGAUGAAGUUUAUUGAAAAACGACAAAAUGCAUCCAAGUAUGUUAUUAUUGACACACCAGGGCAGAUUGAGGUGUUCACCUGGUCAGCGUCAGGAACCAUCAUAACUGAGGCCUUGGCUUCCUCCUUCCCUUCGGUUGUGGUUUAUGUGAUGGACACCUCUCGCAGUACCAACCCUAUCACCUUUAUGUCCAACAUGCUGUAUGCCUGCAGUAUCCUGUACAAGACAAAGCUGCCUUUCAUUGUUGCCAUGAACAAGACCGACAUAAUUGACCACAGUUUUGCAGUAGAAUGGAUGCAGGACUUUGAGACUUUUCAGGAUGCCCUGAAUCAAGAGACGUCUUACGUCAGCAACCUGACUCGUUCUAUGAGUUUAGUGUUGGAUGAGUUUUACAGUUCACUGAAGGUGGUUGGUGUUUCUGCUGUGCUCGGCACGGGACUGGAUGACUUCUUUGUUCAGCUUUCUAAAGCUGCAGAUGAGUACGAGAGAGAGUACCGUCCAGAAUACGAGCGCCUGAGAAAAACACUGGAGAAGGCUCAAAACAAACAGAAGAGGGAGCAGCUGGAGCACCUGUGGAAGGACAUGGGCAGCGUGUGCGUGCAGGGGAACACACUUGCAGGGUCUGAUGAUGCUUCUGCAAUGGGACCCUCUGAGCUGAUCCUAACGCGAGGAACUCUUGAUGAGGAAGAGGAGAGGGAGAGUGAUACUGAUGACAUUGACCAUGAAGUUACCGAGGAGAGUCAUGAAGAACCAGCCUUCAAAAACUUCAUGCAAGAGACACGGAUGAAAUACCAGAGAAGCAGCAAUCCAAAUUAAUGAGAUACUCAGAAACAGGGGGUUUGGAGUCCCUCGUAAUGGAGUUAAAAGUAAUGGAGCAGCAUAAAGCAACUCGCCUGGCACCAUGCAUGAAGUCUUCUACCUGUGAACAGCUGCUCCUCUGAUAUAUUUAUAUCUUCCUGCGAUUUAUAUCCUGUGAUGUGAGUUACAGGUCUUUUAUCCCACUGCCGCCGACUCCCUGCGGCUGCCGGAGCCGGCAGCACUUUGCUCUGCUCCGCGUUCUUUGGACGUGCCUGCUGGGAGCUGAGAUUCUGGGCUCUGACAGCAGCAGCGUCUCCAGUGCUGACCGGUCUCCACAGCGCGUUUGUUCCCCUCUGCAGACAGGACACAGUGAAAUCUGUGCUGUGCGAAGCUCCCUCUAUCUGGUGUUUGUCUUGGUUGUAAUUAAAUAUAUUUUAUGUACUAACAAA